AUGGCCGACAAGAGCAAAGCCUUCAUCAUCAACCACAUGAACACAGGCCACCAGGACUCACUCGUCCUCUAUCUCCGCGUCUACUGCGGGCUGUCCGCAUCCGCCGCCGCCCCCGCCCACCUCGAGGACCUCACCCUCUCCGACCUCCUGAUCACCGCCCACGGCACCCGCUACAGCAUCCCCUUCCGCCCGCCGCUGGGGUCGCUGGCCGAGACGCGCGCGCGCGUCGUCGCCAUGCACCAGCACUGCCUGCGGGAGCUGGGGCUCUCCGACAUCGUGGUGCGCGAGUACCGGCCGCCGCGCGGCGCGUUCCAGCUCGUCUCGCUGGGCUUGAUUGUGGCUACGCUGGGGGUGUUUUGCCGGCGCGGGAAUUUCGUGCCGGGGGCGACUGUCUACGAGGCGCUGGGGAUGGGGCGGGUGGAUUGGUUGGCGCGGUUCUGCUACGAGGUGCAGCCGUGGGUGGUUGGGUUGUUGCUUGGGGCGCAUGUGGUUGAGGCGGUGUUGUUGGCGGUGCUGCGGUUGCGGCCGCAUGGCGUGGUGGUGUUUUCGGGGUUGUGGUUUAUGUGGAUUCUGUCGAAUAUGGUGGAGGGGUUUCCGGUGUGGAAGAGGAUGGAUGGGUUGAUUCGGGAGGAGAGGGAGAAGAAGGAGAAGCGGAUGUAG